CCGCCAUGGCAGACUGCGCCAGGGUGUUCGAGGCGUCGUCGCCCGACGGUCAGAUCAGGCUCUACCUGAGCGCGCUGGACUUUGUCGAGCACGGGGCGCGUGUUGACCCCAUCGAGGGCGUGCUGAUGGUCAGCCCGACGUUGGAGGAGCGACGUCGCGUCUUCGGCCGUGUCACGUGCUCCAUGCGCUACGGCUGCGACGCUAUGGAGCUUCUGGGCCUCAGCUUCGAGGAGGACGUGGUGCUGGCGGCGGAGCAGAUGUACCCGCGGCUCACCGCCGACACCGAACCCACCCAGCUGCAGCGGCUACUGCUGCGGCGGCUAGGACCUCGCGCCACGCCCUUCUCCUUCUGCCUGCCGCUGCAGUCGCCCAGCACAGUAGCGCUGUGUCCCAACGAUGGUGAGGAGAGCAACUUCUGCGGCGUCACCUACACCCUGUCGGCGUCGGCGGCCGACGACGAGUGGGAGCAGCCGUUCAAAAGUUCCACGGCCUUGGUCACCAUCCGCAAGCUGCAGGGCUCGCCGGCGCGCGUGCUGGCGCCACCCUGCCUCAGCGUCAGCCGGCGCUUCAUGCUCAGCCCCGGGGAGCUGCACCUGCAGGCUAGCCUGGACAAACAGGUAUACCACCGAGGCGAGAGACUCAUCCUCGACAUCCACAUCAGCAACAGCAGCAGCCGGUCUGUACGGCGCAUCAAGGCCACGCUGCUGCAGACGGUGCAGGUGCGCCUAUACACCAACAGCGUGCACCGGACCGCAGUCGGCGAUGUGCAGAUCGAAGAGAAGUGUCCCGUGACGCCGGGGCAGCGUCUGCAGAAGACGCUGGCCCUCCAGCUGGCGCCGAAGUCGGACGCCAAGACACGGAAAAACCUGGCGCUGAACGGGGCCCUGCCGGACCAGCCGGACGGCCUGGCCUCGACCACACAGCUCAGCCACCCGGAUCAGAAAGUAUUCGGCCUGGCCGUCUCCUACUCCGUCAAGAUAAAGUUGUACCUGAGUUCUCUGGCAGGCAGGGUGGUGGCCGAGAUGCCCUUCACACUGACGCACAUGCAGUCGGACUUGCGGCGCCUGUGCAGUCCCUUGCCGGCCGUUCCCAGCCCGGAGCUGAGCACGCCGAGCCCAGAGCCGCGGGCCGUUCGGCCGGCGGCGGUCCUCGGACCCCAGCGGUCGCGCACCAUGAGCUCCGGUCGUCCGCGUCACCGCGGUCGUCAUGGCAACUAUGAACGGCGUCAUGUGGAGUCGGCUACGCCUCAGGCGGCGUCAGCUGACGCUGCUGAGAGCAGCUCGCCUGUGGUGCAGAUGUUCCGCGAGUUCGCCACCCACCUGGACAACAAGCACGACCGCUACGAGCGGCUGGUGAAGAAGAGCAGAGACGUCACCAUCGAGAGCAAAAGGAUCAUUUUCAUGCUGCACAGGGUCUCUAAGGACGAGCAGAGUGCGGCGCUGCUGGAGGAGGCGGCGCAGCGCUUCCGGCACCUGGAGAACACCGCGCUGCGCGAGAUCGCCCAGGAGCUGCGCGGCCAGGACCCAGAAGUUCAUCUCUACCACCUCUUGCAAGCGGAGGAGAGCGCCGUGCGCAUCGUCACCGAGGAGUGUUCGGGGGCGAUGAGAGAAGAGGCGCGGUACGGCCCCACCACGGCCUAG